AUGUGCUUAUUCUUCACCCGCCGCCAUGAUAACCUAAACGGUAAAGGGUCGUCCUACGUCCACGGACCGAGGCCGAUCCCGAUCCCGAUCCACCUGCCCGUCGACGUUCACGACACCAAGGUGAACCCCAAAAAGGCUAGCACCACCCUAACCACUAUACCAUCCGCCCUCUCCGCCGCCACCUCCAUCGGCGCCUCAAUCGCGACCGUCCCUACCACCCCGACGAUUGCCGGCUCGCCGCUCCCCGGCUCUACUCAGUCGUCGGCCACUAAUGUCUCCGCUCCGGUCACACUCGGCCCCGUCCUCAAGGUCCCCGCCGUUCCGCGCCGGCCCGAGUCCAUAUGCCACCUCGACAUGUCCCGCCGCGACAUGUAUGCCGCCCUGGCCAUCAUCUACAAGACCCUCUCCGAUGUCCCUUACGCCAUCAUUGGCGGCGUCGCGUGCAUCGUCCUCGGCUCACCCCGGCCCACCAAGGACCUAGACAUUGUCGUCCCGGACGGCCGCGCCGCCGAAGCCGCGGCUCUGCUAGCGGCCACCGGCGCCUUUGGUACCGAAGUCAGCCACAACGGCCGGAGGCGUACGUGGUACCAUGCCUCCCAGCACCGCAACUACAAUCUCGACAUCCUCGAGCCGCACGACAUCAACCAAAGCUUCACCUCCACCGGCGGUGUCCCCAAAACCAUCCUCGCCAACGGGUACCCGGUUCUACACCCGACCCAGCUCCUCAAUUUCAAAAUCGCCUCCUGGAUGGACCGCAUGCACACGCACGGCUACAAGAAGAUUAAUCACGCCAAGGACAUCCGCUUUCUCACGAAUUGGCUCGCUCGCGAGCACAUCACGGUCACCAAGGAGGAGGUUACCCACGCCACCGACGACUUUCUCGUGCUUUUUUCCGCCAGUUACCCGGGUAUGGAGAAGGCUUUUGAUAAGAUUGGCCUUUCAAGGGUCGGCCGUUCGAAAAGGAAUUCGAUAGACUCGAGAUGGAAGGAUGACGAUUGGUGGUACUCUUGA